AUGGAGCGUCGCACAACGCUGCUCGCCGUGCCACAACAUCCGGGUCAUACCACUUGUGCAACCCGACACUGGAUAAGUCAUUCUGCAUCGCUGUACACUGUAACGGCACUGUUCAUGACUCUUCUUUCCACACACGUGAUAGACUGCGUUCUGGUCUGCCAGCGGCUCCGCCAUGUCGCCCACAAGCUCAGCUCAGAGCCGGGUGCUAUCAAGAUAUUCUGCGGCCAGCUCGGGUCCGAGCUGACUGCAAUUUCUAAUAGAUUGGGGGAUCUUGGCCAACGCCAGACAGAAAGUCUUACUACCAACUCCCAGCUAUUCAAAGUUUUAGCCGCCUUAGAGCGGUUGUGCCAACAAAGCGCUAACUAUCCGGAAACGCACACGCGGAUGCCACGGAACUUCUCCCCUGUUCUAUAUCCAGGCCUGAAUCAAUUGUUGGAGGGAAAUGAUGCUGUGCAGAGGAGAUUGAGAACCUUUGGAACGAGCAGUCUCAGGAAGUCCCAACGUGAGCGCCUGCUCAGAAUUCUAAAAUCAUUUGACAAGAGCCUUAAAGCUACUACGCCAAGCGAGAUGGUCACGGAGCGGCCAUCGCAGGAGUGGAUUAGCGAUGCGCAUUGCGGAGGGCAAAGCCAAUUUCAAGACCUCUAUCGCACACUCUGCGAGCCGGACUCAGUCUCAUCGAGCGUGUCAUUUAGAGCAUUCAUCCUAGAUCAUCCUCACCAGGGUUGCAGCUCCCGACUGAGUCAAUGGCAAGAUGCGCAUAUAUGCAUUUUGCGGAAAAAUAACGUGUCAUUCGAGGACAACGACGCUGACACUGGAGUUCCAAAUGGAACUCCAAUCUCGCCCCAAAGCUUUUGCGAGCUAACUCACCCCUACCCUGAGCUUCUUGCCCUCGGCAUCAUGUUGAUAGAAAUUGAGCUUCGCACGCCCAUAGAGGUCUUCCGACAGCGUGAUCACUUUAGCAUUGAUGGACAACCGCAUGCGAACACGGACCAUCUUGCCGCUCGGUACAUUUUCAACAACGAGGUGUCUUGGAAAUCGCAUCGCUUCGAUAGCUACAAACGAGUCAAGCAGGCCAUAAAGGCCUGCCUGGAAGCGGACAGCUUCAUGCCGCAGACAAAUGACAUCAAUGCUCUGCGUACCGCAAUAUACAGAAACAUUGUCACCCCCUUGCAAGUGCAGUAUGAGUCUUGGGACGAAGAUUCGAUGCGCCCUGUCGAUAUUAACUUUCCAAACACUGAAAGCCGGUCGGCUACCCACAGUAACUCUGUCCACAUAGUAAAUUACGCCAACCCAGGUUUGCCAGAGAUUUCGUCUCUUCGCCUUUCAGAAACAUCGACUCGACUUUCUGUUGCACGGGAAAAUACUGCAAGCUUGACUUCUGUUAUUUGGUUUGCCCAAUUUGAUAAGCUCAACUUCGUGCUCAGACACAAAGGCGGCGUGAGACUUGAUAGCGGCUCCCGGGUGCGAGUGGCCAUUCUCGACACCGGCGUGGACCAAGACCUUCGGUCCUCUCUAGCUGCCUAUGAAGACUUUACCGGGAGUGAUCUGGGUGCGUCACCUGGCUAUACUGCACACUUGACGGCAGCUUUGCGCUUGUUCCAGCAAGUUUGCGACUGCGCGGCCAUCUACGUUGGCCGCGUCUUUGAGAGACCGACCGCUGGCGAGCGCACCGCUGAUUACAUGGCCAAAGCCAUUAACCACGCCGUAAGCGAAUGGGAAGUCGACCUCAUUAUCCUCCCGUCCGGAUUUCAGCAGACCCACGAGGAGAUGGAGCGGGCAAUUGAGCAGGCUAAUUCGAAAAACAUUGUAGUUUUUGCAGCAGCCUCCAACUACGGCAAUCUGAGCGGCAUUGCCUUUCCCGCCCGUCUGUACAUACAUGAAAAAGUCAUGUGUAUGUUUGCGACAAACCCCGCCAUUCGCAUUAGCCACAGGUUCAAUCCGAGCCCGUCGGAGAGGGCCAAAUACAGCUUUGCCAUUCUAGGAGAGAACAUAAUGAUUCCCGGGCAGGAAGCUCUCUCCGGAACAUCGUUCUCGGCGGUGAUUGCGGGCGCCGUGGCGGCGCGCAUUUUGGACUUUGCGCAGCAACCAGACAUCUGCGGCAACAUUCGCAGAAUCGACAAAUUACAAUCGUUUGCAGGCAUCAAGUCUAUCUUUAUCGAAAUGGCGCAGAAUACAAAUGAUAAUGGGUACCACUGCAUUGUGCCCUGGAAGCUUCUCGGCCCGUAUGCUUCUCAGGACGAGGCUGGCGCGGAGUCUCGUCAAGAGAUUCGACUGCAUAUAUACCACGUCGUCUUGCCGUCAGUUCCACUCGAACUGGUCAUGAGAGUGGACUAG